GAGUGUGUGUAAAACUAAAAGGCAUCUAAUGGGCUUCAGAGAUGGAGUUGAUUCUUGUAUCCUUCUUCUUCUUCUUCUUCUUCUUCUUCUUGUAAUCAAAAGUUGCAGAGUUUGAGAGCAACAUGGCUGCAUCUUCUUCUUCCUCACUUCCAGUUUAUGGCGUUGGAGAAGAAGCAACUCCCCAGAUGAGGCCUCCCUCUAAUUCUUCCACUAAGAAAAAAAGAAACCAACCAGGAACUCCAAGCAAGUAUUACCCAGAUGCGGAGGUCAUAGCCUUGAGUCCCAAGACCCUAAUGGCUACAAACAGAUUCAUCUGCGAAGUUUGCAACAAAGGGUUUCAAAGAGAGCAAAACCUUCAGCUUCAUAGACGAGGUCACAACUUGCCUUGGAAGUUAAAGCAAAAAUCCACUAAAGACCCUAAGCGCAAGGUUUACUUAUGUCCUGAACCCACAUGCGUCCACCACCACCCUUCAAGGGCGCUUGGCGACUUAACCGGCAUCAAAAAACACUACUCUAGAAAACAUGGCGAGAAGAAAUGGAAGUGUGAUAAGUGCUCUAAGCGCUACGCCGUUCAGUCCGACUGGAAAGCUCACUCCAAAACGUGCGGUACUCGCGAGUAUCGCUGCGAUUGUGGCACUCUCUUCUCCAGACGAGAUAGUUUUAUUACUCAUAGAGCUUUUUGUGAUGCAUUGGCUCAAGAGAGUGCUAGGCAUCCUCCAAGUAUUGGAAGGCAUUUAUAUGGAGCACAAGACCAUCCCAAUAUCAUUAACCAAUCUGCUCCUGGACACUUUACUCAUCUCCUUCCUUCAUCCAUGGGGUCUUCCUUUCGGCCGAUGUCGGCGUCGGGGUUCUUCUUGACGGAGCAGAAUAAUCAGAGUAGCUUCCAUGAUGAUCAGCCAAACCAAUCCCAACAAGGGUUCUUUGGAAACAAGGGGUUUCAUGGGGUGAUGCAAUUCCCUGAGAUCCAAUCCCAUACCAAUAAUUGUGCUACCAAUGUCUUCAAUUUGGGGUUCAUUCCAAAUUCUACUGCCGAUGGUACUACCAAUUUGAACAAUAACAAUGACACCAACUCUAAUAGUACCAAUUUGAAUCAAUUCAGUGCCACAAACAAUGGCAACAAUGAAGCUGCUGCCUCUAACAUUUUCGCGGUAAUCGGCGAUCAGAUGAGUUCAGCUGCACUCCCAUCUCUCUACAGCAAUGCCUUGGGCGUCGGUGGUGGAGGCGGUAGUGGCAUCGGUGGAUCGUUCCCACAUAUGUCGGCGACAGCGCUUCUUCAGAAGGCAGCUCAAUUGGGUUCAACGACAUCGAGUAGCAACACAACAUCAACGUUGCUAAGGUCGUUUGGAAGCUCCUCGAACUCAGGGGGGAAAGCAUCAGACAGAACGCUUUUCCCAUUGAGUUAUGGAGGAGUAACAUUUGGGGAACAUGAGAGCAAUCUUCAGGAUAUGAUGAACUCAUUUGAGAGCGGGAGCUCGGGAAGUGGGAUGUUCGGGAGCGGGAUGAACUCAUUUGGUGGAUUGGAGUGCAGCAGUAGUAGAAGCAAUAUGGAAACGUUGGAGGAUCCGAAGUUACAACAGGAUGUAAGGGGAGUGAGGAUGGGAGGGACAGAUAGGUUAACAAGAGACUUCCUAGGCGUUGGACAGAUUGUAAGACGUAUGAGCGGGGGCGGUGGCGGCGGUGGCGGCGGCGGUUAUUCACAGAAACAAGGGGCGGAGGGGAUUGUUUUGGAGGGAAAUGAGAGGAAUUCAGCGCCGUCAAGUCAAGGUUUUGGUGGUGGAAAUGGAAACUACCAGUGAAGUGAAGUGAAGUGAAGUGAAGAAGAAGAACAAAAAG